CGACUAUUGUGAAAGAACAAUGGUCCCCUCAUUAGACAGAAGAAAUGAUAAGAGGUGUUUCUACCAUUCAUUUCGUUAUUAUCAAUAUUGGCAGCUCGUAAACCAAGUAAGUCGAUUGGAGACCUGAGGUCAAAGUGUGCUACUCAUUAACGACGGACGGAGAGAGAGAAAAGAAAUUUAUCAUUUUCAGCAAGGAGAUCGAUAAAUAUGCAUGGAGUCUAACAAUACAACGCAAGCCUCAACUAGCUUGAAUGCAAAAUUUAUAUGAUGUGAACGUUAAAGAAAUUUCUGAAAUUUCAGCUUGUACAUAGGUGCAUAUAUACAUGGAUCCUGAUAUCAUAACUGAAGCCCCAGAUGGGAUAAAUGAAACACCGAACGAAGUCACCGGUGCACAGCCGGAGUGCACAAUCUACAGAGUUCACAGACCCUUACGCAACGUGAACCCGAAGGCCUACGAGCCCGAGGUGAUCGCCAUCGGCCCUUAUCAUCGCCACGAUAAUAAUAAUGAGCAUCUAAAGAUGAUGGAAGACCACAAGCUGCGUUACCUGAAGCAGCUGCUUGCCGAAAAGAAUCCACCCGAUGAUGUCGGAAGGUAUGUAGCUGCUCUAGUAGGAGUGGAAGAAAAAGCAAGAAGAUGCUAUGCAGAUCAACCUAAAACUCUAAGCACAGCCCAGUUCAUACAAAUGCUUGUUCUAGAUGGCUGCUUCAUCGUCCAGCUAGUUCGAAAGUUCGAUAGAGUGAAGAGCAAUUUCAAUAGAGUGAAUUCGUGGGAUAGGAAUGAUCCUAUCUUUCAAAGGGACUGGAUGAUCAACAGCCUGCAGCGUGAUCUCAUGCUCUUCGAGAACCAGCUGCCCUUCUUCAUCUUGUGCAAGCUCUACGACCUCAUCGAGGCACCUAACCAGCAUUCUAGGUUCUUGUUCCUUCUCCACCAAUUCUUCUCCACUCUGUACCCUGGAAAAGGUUGCAACCCAAAGUCGCCCGUUAUGCCUGCAGAUCUUGACAAGGUAAAACAUCUGCUCGACUUCAUCCAUAGCAGUUGGUUUCCUCCUCUCCAACGCCCGGGCAAAGGAAGGGUGAGGUUCAUCAUCGAUAGCGUGACGAGGCUUGAAGAGGCUAAUGUCAAGUUUAGGAUCAGAUCAGAAGGAAAGACGCUGUUCGACGUGGGGUUCAAAGAAGGGGUGAUGACCAUACCGCCAUUGACCAUUGAGGACAGGACGGAGUCGUUCCUCCGGAACCUCAUCACGUACGAGCAGUACUUUCAGCACACUGUCGUGACAGAUUAUGUCCACGAGCAGUACUUUCAGCACACUGUCGUGACAGAUUAUGUCCACUUCCUAGACUGCAUCAUUGAUUCCUCCAUGGAUGUGGAAAAACUAUCUCAAAAAGGGAUCAUCAACAACUGGUUAGGGGAUGCACAUACUGUGGCGGAGAUGGUGAACAAACUGGGCGACUCGGUGGCUGGACCCGGGGAUAGCUUCGUCUAUGGGGAGAUGUUUGAGGAUGUGCAAAAGCACUGCGCAAAACCCAUGAAUGAGUGGAGAGCCAGUUUGAAGCGUACAUAUUUUAAUAGCCCUUGGGCCGUUAUUUCUGUUAUUGUUGGUGCAGUGCUGCUUAUUCUUACAGCCGUACAAACGGUUUUUACCAUAUUACAGGUUGUUCUAAAGGGUUGAUAGUUAUGUUCGUUGUAUUCUAUUUCAGGAUAGAUUUAAGAUUCUAGCAUAUGAAAUUACAUGAUAUGAAGAAAUAAUGUAGUGAAGGAAUGAUUUGAGAAUGACCAUUCUAAAAUAGAUUAUUUACCUUUGUAGUUUUAA